ACCUCUCGCCCUCACUGCACAGCCCUUCUUCAGCUUUACCAGCACCUCUCACGACAAGCAUCAUCAUGUUCGACUUCUUCGGCAACGACUCGGACCAGGCCCAGGCCGCCCAGGCCGUCCAGAACCAGCACAAGUCGUCGCUCACGCACGAGUUGAUCGCGGGCGCCGCGGCGUUCGAGGCCCAGCGCGCGUACGCUCGUCACUGCGAGCAGAACGGCAAGCCCGAGAGCCACCAGAAGGCCCGCGAGCUGUUUGCCGCCUUUGCCGCCGCCGAGGCCGACAAGCUCAUCGAGACCAAGGGCCUCGACUUCAUGGACCGCGAGGAAGUCAAGCGCCAGGCGCGCCAGCACGCCGACGCCCUGCAGCCCGACUCGUACUGAUCGCGCCAUCGUGUCAAGUCCCGAGUCGAGCGGCGCAGGACGCCGCUCGGGCCCUGGGGACGAGUAGGCGAGACGAGCGAGGAGCGAGCGAGCGAGCGAGGAGAAAUGCAGUGCUUUGGUUCGUGUGCGC